AUGUCCACUGACAAGCAGCAACAGUACGAGGAGUUGAAGCGUCGUCGCGCGACGACCCGCUCGCAGUUAACAAAGUUUAAGACAUUCGUAGAGGCCUUAGACGCGAGAGAUCGGGCGAGCAUUAUGCAGAUGAAGAUUCGGCUGGAGCGAGCGGAAGCAUUGUGGGAUCGUUUUGACGAGACGCAAGGCGCGAUAGAAGCGCUGGAUAAUACGCCGGAUUUCAUUGCCAAGCAGGAGGGGGAGCGAACGGCUUUCGAGAACGCGUAUUAUGAGGUGAUGACGCGGGCGCGAGUGAUCAUGGCUGAGAGCGAACAACCACAAGGUCGGCGCGUGUCGGUCGAGGAAGAGGACGUAGAUGUAAACAUCGCAAAUGAUGCCCGAGAAGUCAGGGCUGGCAACGUGGGAACGGUUAGGCUGCCGACGAUGAGUCUCCCGACGUUUAACGGCACCUAUGAGCAGUGGCAGGCAUUUCAUGGACCGUUCUCCGCGACCAUCGAAUCGAUUGAGAUCACAGACGGGAACUACCAGAGCGCGCUUGACCUAUUGAAGAGGCGAUACGAUAAUUCACGUCUCGCCACCCGUCAUCACAUUCGCGCCAUCUUCGCAUUGAAACCAGUGGAGAGGGAAACGGCGGUAGCUUUGCGGGGGCUCACGGACGAAGUGCAGCAGAGGUUAGCCGCGCUGACUGCCCUCAAGGAGCCAACAGAGCACUGGAGCACUAUCAUCAACGAGUGGAUUCUUUCGAAGCUCGAUUCGGUAACCAGCAGGGAGUGGGAGGAGAAGUCCGUUCGCGAAAAAUUGAAUAAAACUGAGGACUUGCUCGAGUUUCUUGAGGCAAAAUGUUUUAUGUUAGAGUCGAUGUCGGGCGUGAAUGAUAAAAGGUCAAAUGUUAAGGUACAGAAAGGUGUUUCACAUGUUGUAACGACUGAUAAGGCUGAAUGUAAAUUAUGUAAGGGCGGCCACAAGUUGUAUGCGUGUAAGGUUUUUAACAAUAUGUCAGUAGAAUCGCGAUGCGCCGAGGUCAGGAGGCUUGGGUUGUGCUUUAACUGCCUUAACCGAGGCCAUUCAGCAAAAUAUUGCAAGGCCCGCCAUUGUAAGAUAGUGCCAUGUCAGGGAAGACAUCAUUCUCUUUUGCACCCAGGCCUUCGGCUUGCGGGAGGUCAACCAACCCCGUCGACGCGGGGUGGCCUUGACGAGGCAUCGAGUUCUUCAUUGGUCGCGUGUGCUUCCCAGCGUAGCGAAUCCGCGAUCAUACUAUCGACAGCGCUUGUUAAGAUUAGAGACAAUGUGAAUGAGUGGCGCGAGGCGCGUGCCUUGUUGGACAGUGGCGCAACACUUAACUUUAUUACCGCGGAGCUCUGCGAAAGGUUGCGUUUACCCGAGAUUAGGUGGGAACAGAUGAUAUCAGGAUUCAACGAGCAGACAACGUCCACCAAGGCGUAUGUAAAAACAGUUAUAGGAUCGCGUCUUUCGAAUUAUGAGCAACCAGUCAAAUUAAUAGUUAGUGAGUCGAUCACCUGUCCCCUUCCCGAGUCCCGCAUCGAUUUGAGCUGCAUUCAGAUUCCCGAGUCUAUAUCCUUAUCGAACCUUGCGGACCCCCGUUUCAACGUGCCCCAGCGGGUUGACUUGCUGCUGGGAGCAGGCAUUUUUUGGUCCUUGCUGCGCGGCGGACGGAUUCGAUUGAGUGACUCGCAGCCUAUAUUCCAGAACACUCAUUUAGGAUGGAUCCUCGGGGGGGGGGGGAGUCUCGCGGGCGGCUCCGGCGCGAUCUCCGGUGAUUUGUUGCAGCGCGACGGACGGCUUGAUGAAUCAACAGCUACAGAGAUUUUGGGAGAUAGAGAGAUGCGAAUCAAGAAGGUUGUUGAGCGCUGA